AUGGCGUCCAACGGUACCAAUGGAACUAACGGCCACAAUGGCGUCAGUUCCUACCAUGCCUCCACUACUCAAGAGGCCAUCCAGGCUGAGAAAGACUUCGCUGCCCACAACUACCACCCACUUCCCAUCGUCUUCGCUCGUGCCCAGGGCACCACAGUCUGGGACCCCGAGGGUCGUCAAUACCUCGAUUUCCUGUCUGCGUACUCCGCUGUCAACCAGGGUCACUGCCACCCCAAGCUGGUGGCGGCUCUAGUCGAUCAGGCCUCCCGUUUGACUCUCAGUUCUCGUGCCUUUUACAACGAUGUCUUCCCCCGGUUUGCCGAGUUCGUGACCAAGUACUUUGGCUUCGACAUGGUCCUGCCCAUGAACACCGGUGCGGAGGCGGUCGAGACCGGUAUCAAGAUCGCCCGUAAGUGGGGUUAUAAGGUCAAGGGCAUUCCUGAGAACCAGGCGGUGGUCCUGAGUGCGGAGAACAACUUCCACGGACGCACAUUCGCUGCUAUCUCCUUAUCUUCUGACCCCGAGUCGCGCGAGAACUAUGGCCCUUACCUGCCCGGUAUCGGCUGCACCAUUCCCGGAACGGACAAGCCUAUCGCCUACAACGAUAAGGCCGCCUUGCGGGAGGCCUUCGAGAAGGCGGGUCCCAACCUCGCCGCCUUCUUGGUGGAGCCCAUUCAGGGCGAGGCUGGAAUUGUUGUCCCCGACGAGGAUUACCUGCAGGAGGCCAGAGCCCUGUGCGACAAGCACAACGUUCUGUUGAUCUGCGAUGAGAUUCAGACUGGUAUUGCCCGUACUGGUAAGCUGCUCUGCCACGAGUGGAGCGGCAUCAAGCCUGACAUGGUGCUGCUGGGCAAGGCCAUCUCCGGUGGCAUGUACCCCGUGUCCUGCGUGCUGGGCCGCAAGGAUGUGAUGCUCACCAUCGAGCCGGGCACCCACGGUUCAACCUAUGGAGGUAACCCGCUGGCCUGCGCGGUCGCUAUCAGAGCCCUGGAGGUCGUCCAGGAGGAGAACAUGGUCGAGCGCGCCGAGAAGCUCGGUCACGUAUUCCGCGACGGUCUGCAGGCCAUCAAAAGCCCCAUCAUCCAGACGGUGCGCGGCAAGGGUCUGCUCAAUGCUAUUGUCAUUGAUGAGUCCAAGACCAACGGCCACUCUGCGUGGGACCUCUGCAUGCUGCUGAAAACGAAGGGGUUGCUGGCUAAGCCGACUCACGAAAACAUCAUCCGCCUGGCACCGCCUUUGGUGAUCACUGAUGAGGAGGUCCAGAAGGCCUUGGACAUCAUCAAGGAAGCCGUCAACGAGCUCCCCACGCUCACCGGCGCGGCUGAGGAUGAGGUCAUUCCCCCUCCGGAGAAGAAGGUCAAGGUCAGCCUCGAGAACUAG